CGGUGAGGAGAGCACCACUACAGCAAUCUGUCUGUCCGACUGCGGCAAUGGCGAUKCUGCUGCUGCUACUGCCGCUGCUCCUCCAGCUGGCCGCCCGAGGAGCCGCUACCACUUGUCCGCCGCCCGGAACGGUGAARAUUGAUUCGCUCAGCUAUGCGGGCAGCGGCUGUCCUYCSGGGACUGCUGUCGGCGRCAUCUCSAACGACGGGAAGGCGCUGACGGUCRUGUWCAGCARRUACUACGCYACSACGGACAAAUUGCUGGCGGAYCGGARACGGAGCUGCGUGGUAACSRUCAAGCUGAGGUAUCCCAGAGGAUUUAUCGUGUCGGUGGGGACGGUCACAAUGCGCGGGUACGUGAAGCUCGAUGCGGGCGCCGUGGCGACCAUUCAGACGUGGUACUACUUCUCCGGGUUUCCAGGGACGGCUCGCUUCGUGCGCAAGUUCACAGGAGUGSUCGAGAAGAACUUCGAAGUCACGGACAAGUUCCUCACSCUGGUUUACAGCAGGUGCGGCGUGUCCAGGGACCUCAUUCUCGCCUCGGAAGCCCGGGUGACCCCUGGCCCCGGGUGUCCGGCCAAGGGUAACGGAAUUGUCGGAAUUGACUCUCAGGAUUUCUCCUUCCGUCAAGUCUGGAAUCUCGUCUGGGAGAAAUGCUAAGGCAUGGCGGACGUGAGCUACUAGUCUGGGAGGCGGCAAAGAAGGACGGGAGGGAAGGGCCGGUUGGGAGGCGACUGGUAGUGGGAAAGGUGAGUCUAGGGUCCGAGAGACUGGUCGGAGGCAGUUCGAGAGGCAGUCCGAUUAGGAGUGACCUGGGGCGCGUCGCGAGCUGCUGAUUUGGGGUUCAGGUUCAACCGGUAAUAGUACAGUCAGUUUGUCUGUAGAAGGUUAACGAUGAUCGUUCCCAAAGAAACUUCGAACAAGUGGCACCACCUCUCUCUCUCAGACUCUCUCUCUCUCUCUCUCUCUGUGUGUGUGUGUGUGUGUGUGUGUGUGUGUGUGUGUGUGUGUGUGUGUGUGUGUGCUACAAAGACAGACACAGACUUGGUUUGCGCGAUUUCAUUUUGAUU